GUGACGUGUCAUUAGAUACCUAUUCAUGUGCACUCUGACUUUUUUCUACUAAAUAAAUAGUAAAUAACCUGAUAAUGGAGGAAAUUACCAGCUGGGAAGGAAUAGAAGAUGACGAAUUCUUCAAACAAUUUUUUGGUGGUGAAUGCAAAAAAACUGAUAUCAAUCAAGUGUUAUCAGUAGCACAACAAAUAAAUAAAUUGGGGCAAGCUAUUGACAUCUUAAAUGCAGAACUCCAGAAGCAAGUGCUAGCAAAUCAUGAAGAUUUAUUAUCACAAGCUACUUGGGUUGAAAAAUUAGAAGGUGUACUUUCAAUAAUGCAGUCUCACGUUCAGAGUCUUUUAUCAGCUGUGGAACGUUUACGUGGAAAGAUUAUUGAUCCAUUCCAUAGAAUUGAAACCCAAACUGUUGUUUUAGCACGACUACAUGAAACUUCUGAUUUGUUACGAAGAGUAGCCAGAAUGCAACAUUUAUCAAAACGUUUAUAUUCUCAAAUGACAAAUAAUGUACAGGGUCCUGAUAUCAUAAAAGCUGCUAAUAGUCUUCAUGAGCUUGAACAGUUAAUGAUGGACACAGAUUUAAAUGGUUUAGAUGUAAUUGCUGAUGAUCAGCAAGCUGUAAAAGCUCAUAGAACAACAGUGCAAAGAAUAGCAACUCAUACUUUGGCUCAAGGUUUAUGUACAAUGGACAGAAUAAAGGUUAGUACUGCAGUGCAGGUGUUCCAAAAUUUAGGGAUUGUAAAGGGAGCUGUAGAUAAUGUUAUGGAUUCUGCUUUAUUGGAAAUUGAAAAAAUCGCUACAGAAUCCUUGGACGUGACUUUAACAACAAAUCAAGACAUUGGAAAGAGAGGAGCACCUGGACGAGCAGCUAUUCCCUCUCCAGGAUCUUCGGGAAAUUUACGCACACGAAUUUGGGAAAAUCUUGAAAGACUAUUUCAAGAUACUCUUUAUACACAGUGUUUACAAAUCGAAUUAUUACAAAGAAUAUUAUUAGAAUAUCAUGCAAAAGAAUUGGAUGAACUAUCACAAAAAUUUUGGAAUAAAGUAAAUGAUUUACUUUCGAAAGUAUUAGUUGAACGUGCUCAAGGUUCCUCAUUUGUCAAACAAGCAUUAGAGGGCGAAUAUCCAAAGUUUUUAAGAAUCUUUUUAGACUUGAGUAAACGACUAAAAGAAAGAUCACAAAAUAUUGGCAUUUAUAAUAUUAAUCAUAAUGUAUUGUCUCCAUUUGAGAAUGCAUAUUUAUCACGUUCCGUAUCACGCUUAUUGGAUCCAGUACACACUAUGUUUUCUGGGGAAGGAUUACCUACUCAAGAUGAAAUCGAUAGUCUCAUCCGUACAGUAACAAAUGAACUGAGUGUAUCAUUAGUGGAUGAUGGCCUUUCAACAGUAGUUGCCCGUAAUGUAGGCAAAGCUAUAAGACUUUUCUGUUUAAAAUGCGAACAGGGAUUACUUAUGGGAGGCGAAGCUAGUCAAGUAAUUGAUUCGCCUACCACUGUACAGCAGACUAAUGUGUCGCUUGCAAAUCUACUUUAUUAUCUUUCCAGUCAAAUAAGUCGCGUAGUAGUAAAUUUGUCUGCUGGCUUGCCAUCUGAUGGAAGCACAGUAAUUUCUGUAGCUCUGAAGGAAACAGAUACAUUAACAAAAAACAUAUUAUCACCAUUGUUAGCUUCCAUUAGCGAUGCUAUUGAAAGUAUUAUUUUAACUAUGCAUGACGAUCCAGAGUUUCGGGACCCAAGCAGUCCCUUGGGAAAAGAAAUUAACUGCUCUCUGUACAUGCGCGAAUUGCAAGGGUUUAUUUUACGUUCUGUGAAUACGUUCCUUGUACCAUACAAAAAUCAAACUGUUGUUGUUGAAUGCUGUAAGACAGUUGCUUCACGAUGCAUCGAACUAUUUGUAAGACACGCUUGCUUACUACGACCUUUAACAGAUUUCGGGAAAGCGAAACUCAUUGUUGACUUUAGUCAGAUGGAAGUAGCUGUUGCACCAUUGUGCAGAGGGGGACAAUUGGGUUCAUCGGAACAACAGCAAUAUAGAACACUGCGAGCAUUAAAAGCGUUACUUCCACUCAGUCCUGAAGAAACUGUUCAAAAAGUAUUAGAUGGAGCAGGAGAAAGUGGUGUACCUCGUUCCCUUGUUCUUCUGCAUUUAUUUUCCACAGCACCCCCUGAAUUAGUAUCUCCGCAUCAGAGUGCUAGUUGGUCUGUGGGACGAUUAUCCCAGUGGAUGGAUAAACAUCCGAAUGAAAGAGACAGAUUAUCAUUUUGUAGUGGACCAUUAGAACGUUAUCAAUUAACUGUCAGACAACAUAAUCUUCCAUCGUUUCAUCCCUUGUUUCCAUUAAUGAAAAAGUUGGCUAAUUUGGAUGAUCACUAA